AUGGCCAGCUUACCCGGUGGCAGGAUGGCCAGCUUACAUGGUGGCAGGAUGGCCAGCUUAUCCGGUGGAAGGAUGGCCAGCUUAUCCGGUGGAAGGAUGGCCAGCUUAUACACGGUGGCAGGAUGGGCAGCUUACCCGGUGGCAGGAUGGCCAGCUUACACGGUGGCAGGAUGGCCAGCUUACCCGGUGGCAGGAUGGCCAGCUUACACGGUGGCAGGAUGGCCAGCUUACCCGGUGGAAGGAUGGCCAGCUUAUACACAGUGGCAGGAUGGCCAGCUUACCCGGUGGCAGGAUGGCCAGCUUACACGGUGGCAGGAUGGCCAGCUUACACAGUGGCAGGAUGGCCAGCUUACACGGUGGCAGGAUGGCCAGCUUACACAGUGGCAGAAUGGCCAGCUUACACGGUGGCAGGAUGGGAAGCCAGGAUUGAAGGAUGUGAGACAUAAGUCCUGGUAUGAAAGGUUUACAGUGGAGGAUGAAGCUUGA